AUGUACAAUGUUCUCUUCAACAUUUUUGUACUACUUAUAACUUCAACAAACUCAGCAGUGUUCACAUGGAGCAGUGGAAGUGGAUAUUUUGACUCUUCAACACAUUGGAGUCCACAAGGAAUACCCGACAGUGGAGAUACAGCAGUGAUAUGUCCAACAACUGCUUCAGAAAUUAUUUUACGGACAUCAACACAAUCAACAAUACUUUUUGGUGGUGAGACUUGUUCUGAAAGUGUAUUGAAGAUUACUUCUAAUGAUGUGACAAUAAACAGUUUACAAGUUUUGAUGAAAGGUUCAGUACUAUUGUCUUCCAAUACUUUAAACACCAGUUUACUCGCAAUCAAUGGCAAAUUUGAGUCUGAAAUAGCUACCUUGAUCAACACCAAUUCAUUAGAAGUCAAACAAAAUGGAGUUGUGAAUGGAAAAAUGAAUUUAAAUGUUACUUCCACUACAUUAAUUACAGGGAGUGUUAAUAUUACAACACUCACUACAAACUCUCUGACUUUAAACUCAAUUACUAUGAACGCAAAAAGUGUGACUUCCAACAAUAUCAAUGGUAUCGGAGUGAUAAACGGAAAGGUCUAUUUAGAUGGAGAAGUCACGUUAAGUAAUACCAUUGAAGUGAAAGGAGAAGUUGAAAUGAAUAACGUGAAUUUGAAAAACUUCUUUUCAAAAGUAUCUGGACUGAUAGCUAUUGAUUCAAGUAUAACAUCACCUCAAAGUAGUGUAAUCAGUGGUGGCGAUAUUUAUUUGGAAAGCAGUACACUUGAAUUAUUUAGUCUUGAAAACAUUCAAAAUUUUGAUGUUAUUGGAAUUUCAAAACUUGUAACGGUGAAGGGAAGUUCAAAUACACAGAUUCGUAUUGCAAGAACAGCAGAACUUUUAAUAGACAAGGGACAAGGGGAGUUUAACACACAGAGUGGAAAAGUCUGUAUAAAAGAGGGAGCUGUAAAUGGCGUUUUUAACAGUGAGUUGACAAUAGAGAAGAAUGUCACGUUGAAUGGAAAUGUUAUUGGAAAUGUUGAGUGUGUCAAUGGUGGAGAAUUUUUGAAAUCAAAUGUCGUUUUUAAUGAGAUAAAGGAAUUCACAUGUAAAGCGACAAUAUCAAUUUUAACGUUUAAACAAGACGUUGAAAUAUUAAAUGGAAAAAUCACAAAUUGCUCUUUGAUUGUUGAAAAGAGUGCGAAUUAUAUUCACAAUAGUGAGAGUACCUUUGUAACUAUUCAUAAUAAUAUAUUUACUAUUGAAGACGUCAAAUCAAAUCUAUAUUAUGAUGGAGUUGCUCUUGUUGUUAAACAGAAUGUGGUUGCAAGCAAAUUGGAACAGAAAAGUGGAGUAUUAAUAGUUAAAGGAAAUGAAAAUAAUUUGAUGGCAUUUGAUGUGGGCGAAAUUUCAAUACAAAAUGCAAAUUUCACAAAUGUGAAAAUGGAAAAAACAAAGAACAUUUUUGUUGAAACCGGGUUUGAUGUUCUUUGCGAAAAUUGUGUUGUUGAUGGAACACAAUUUGAUGGAAGUCCAAAUCGAUUGGAAGGAAGAAAUUCACUUUUUAAAAAUUGCAAAAUAAACUCUGAAAUCCAUUUCAUUGAUUCUAUCGUCGAGGGUUCUACUUGUAAGAACGUGUUUUCUGAAGCAACAAACAAUUUCACGAAUUCAAAGUUUUCCAAAAUUACCGUUAAUGAAAGUUCUGAGUUGUUAUUUAUCGACAGUUUUGUGAUCGUACAGAUGGUAAAUAAUGGUAAAGUUAUAAAUAGAUCACCAACUGUUGCGUUGAUAAACAAUUUAAAUGGGUUGUUCGUUUCUGAAAUAGAUGAAUGUUAUAUCCAAUUUACAAACUAUGGAACAAUGAAUUUUAUUGAAAAAACUCAAAAUAUCAUUUUGAAUGCAAUUUCUUUUAAUUAUGGCAUUAUUAGUGGUUUUGGUAAAUUUACCAUUGAGGCUUAUCAAUUUACGAAUGGUGGUUAUUUAAAAUCUGGAACAAAAUUUAUUGAUUCAGCAGUUACAAUUUACAAGAAUUCGACAUUUGAAGACCAAACAAUCACAUUUGAAAGGUGUUCAUUUACAUUUCCGAAUGGUUCUCCGCUUUUCAACGAAGUGAUAUUAACAGUGUCUGCUGAAUCGCAGACCCCAUUACUUGCCACGGGAUUGCAAUUAAAGAAAUUACAAAACAGGAACAAAGUAUUUAAAUUUUUAACGAAUGAUCUUGAAAUCAGUGAUUCCACUUUAAAUGAACAAAAAUUGGAAUUGGAAGGAAUUCCCGUUGUUAUUCAGAAUUCAGUGAUUCCCACUAUAUCUUUGACCAAUUGUACCGUAUCACUCUCUGCGACUGUUUUUACAACAUUGGAAACAAAUUACUGUGAUAUUUCUGAUGAUAUUUCGACACAACUUUUGAAGUCUCAAAACUCGAAUUUUCAAAAGGUAGAAUCCAAGACCUUAGAGGUUUCCAAUGUCACCAUUGCUUAUUUGGAAGUUUCUGAAAGUACUUCACUUCAUAAUGUAGCUCCUGAUACCGUUUCUGCCCCACUUUACUCGAUUCUCAGUGGAAUCAAUUUACAGAGUGCACUGACAGUCAAUGGAUUUUUUCACUUCAAAAAUUUGAAUUUGGAAUCAAAUGAAGCACACAAAGUUGAGUUGGUAUCAAAUGUUGUGCCUUUUAUAAUAGAAGAUACCACAAUAAUAUCCGUCACACUACCUUCUGUGAUAACAAGAGGAAAUGUAGUGCUCACAGACAUCACAGCAAAUUCGGUGAUAAACAUUGGGAACCUCUCGAUUUCAUCCAAAGAAAAGACGAUGAUAGAAUCCCUUCGAUUGUUAGCAAAUAGUUCAUUAGUGUCACAAAAGCAGUUUGAAAUAUCGCACUUUUAUGUUGGAGUGAAUGUACAAACGGACAUCCAAGAAUUGACAAUUUCAAAGGAAUUGAGUUUUGAUGGAGAUCUGCACUUUUCCACAGUUGUACUGUUGGAGAACUGUGUUAUUACAUGUCCAAAGACAUCUAAAAUAUACACCGAGACGAUUGUUUCCUUCAAAUCGAAUGUAUUUAAAAUCCCUGUGUUUGUGAAGAAGCAUUGUGCUGAGUUGAAUAUCUCAGGAAGUGGUGUGUUAGUGACUGAAGAGAGUUUUAAAGGGAGUUGUAUCGAUUCACAUAUUGAGUAUAUGCAGAACUAUGGAGAAUAUGUCGGAGGUGAUGGUUUACAAAUGGUCGAGAAUUAUGGGAUGUUUGUAUUGCAAGAUGAGACGUUUCAAAGGGCAAUAGACAAUCACGGCAUACUGCAAAUGAACAACGGACGCAUAGAUUCUGAGUCUAGAGUGCAUUUGUUUCCAUAUUCGAUAGUUCGAGGGAAUGGAUACAUAAGAGAAAUGGAUGUGCAAACGGAAGAUACAAGAAAGUCGAUGAAGACUGAUAUAGAACUUAAUUAUGACAACCUUGUUAAUCAUUUAGAAGGGUAUUCACUUGAAAGGACGACACAGAAUUAUAACAAUGGGGGCGAUGAAACGUUGGAUAUAAAAAGUACAAUAAAAGAGGAAGCACUACCAAUACUUGAUAUAGACGGACAGCUGAGAGUGUCAUUGUGUCUCUCUAACAUGUUAAUAGUGAAGAUCAAGAUUUUUGAAGAUUUGAAUGACCUUCUGAUCUUCGACGAAUUUUACGACUAUAUGAUGAACUUUGACAUUACAAUAACAGACUUUGCGAUCUAUGACGCGAAGAACUACACUGUCUUUGAAUUUGGGAGAGGAGACUUUGUACCACGAUUAUCAGUCGAUUUUGUGAAUAUAGAAAAUUACUUAGAAACUCCUUGGAGGUAUGGACAGACAGACAACUCACUGUAUGUUGAGUUUAACGGCUGUGAAUUUGUCUAUAACACAGAGACGAAGAAGUGCAAGGAGUGUGAAGCUGGGGAGAUAUUUAACAAUGUGACGCACUUGUGUGACGGGUGUGAAUUGGGGAUGAUAUACACCACUGCUGGAAUAUGUAUACCAUGUCCCGAGGGGACAUAUUCAAGUAACAAUUUGUGUGUGAAAUGUCCAGCUGACGAAGUUUCUCCAGUUCAAAGUUCGUUCUGUACCAAAUGUGAGGAUGGGUCGUUACCGAAUGAGAACAACUCGAAGUGUGAGUAUUGUCCUGUGGGUACACGACUUGAAAAGAACUCUGAGUUCACAAAGUGUUUACCAUGUUCAGCAGGUACAUAUCGAGAUGAGAAUUUGAUCACAAUGAAUGACUGCACAGAGUGUCCUAUAGGAACAUAUUCUUCACAUAAUGGUGCGUUUGAAUGUAGCAAAUGUCCACUUGGAUUUUAUAGUGAUGCUGUUGGAAGUAAAACGUGUAAAAAGUGUGAAGACGGGUAUUACACAAUUAACACAGGAAGUGUAACAUGUGAAAGAUGCGAAGAUGGACAUUAUUCGUCACCGAAUGGGGGAGAGUGCUUGACUUGUCCCUCUGGCUUUGAGAGAGGCGAGUUUGGGUGCAUCUGGUGUAAAGCUGGGUUCUAUAAGGGAGGGGAUGGAAUUAAGUGUGUAGAGUGUCCAGAAGGGUUUUACCAAGAGAAACAAGGAAUGGCUUAUUGUAAUGAAUGUGAUGGGAAGAAACAAGUUAAUUUGAAUAAAACGAAGUGUGAGAAUCGUCCUAGUGAACCGGAUACAGUGGCUAUGACGAUUACAUACUCGUUGUUUCCUUUAAUUGUUGCGUUGUGUUGUGGACUUGGAUGUGGAGCGGCUUGGAUGGAUGACAGAAAAGAAAGAAAGAAGAAAAAGAUGAUGGCGAUAGCGGAGGUACAAAAGGAAGAAGAACACAAGUUGAUUGAAAGCGAAGAACAUGAGGAAGAACAAAAUAUUCAAGAAGAGAAAAAAAAUGAAGAAAUUAAAAAGAAGAUGGAAGAGAAAAAUGUUAAUAUGAAUGAAAAGGAAAAUGGCAUUACAAAAGAAGAAAUAGAAAUGGAGGAAAUCGAACAGGAAGAAUCAUUUGAUAUCGAAGAUAUUGAACAAAUGAUAGAAAGUAUUAAAAACAAACCACAAAAGAACGAAGAAGAUAGAAAAGAAGAGGAUGUUAAAGAAAGUAGUCAAAACGACAUGCAAAAUAUAAACAAUGAACUAAAGGAACAAGUGCAUUAA